AUACGAAAAAGCAAGCCUAUCCCCCACUAUAAUAACACCAUCCAUGCCAAGGUAAACACCCACCUCCCUAUCUCUCAGAUACCUCCAUAUCCUCCCGGUUUCAGGCAGGAAACGACCAUGGCGCUCUCGAGGAUCGCGUCGGAGACGGACGUGUCGAUCCAGCACACCUUCGCCUCCCGCUACGUCCGCGAUUCCCUCCCCAGGUUCCGGAUGCCGGCGAACUCGAUCCCCAAGGAGGCGGCGUACCAGAUCAUCAACGACGAGCUGAUGCUGGACGGGAACCCGCGGCUGAACCUGGCGUCGUUCGUCACCACCUGGAUGGAGCCGGAGUGCGACAAGCUCAUCAUGGCCGCCGUCAACAAGAACUACGUCGACAUGGACGAGUACCCCGUCACCACCGAGCUGCAGAACCGAUGUGUGAACAUGAUUGCCCAUCUCUUCAAUGCUCCUAUCGGUGAGUCAGAGGCUGCGGUGGGAGUUGGAACUGUGGGCUCUUCAGAAGCCAUAAUGCUUGCUGGGCUAGCCUUCAAGAGGAAAUGGCAGAACAAGAGGAAAGCUGAAGGCAAGCCUUGUGACAAACCGAACAUUGUCACCGGUGCCAACGUACAAGUCUGCUGGGAGAAGUUCGCGAGGUACUUUGAGGUGGAACUUAAGGAAGUGAAGCUGAGGGAUGACUACUUUGUCAUGGACCCUCACAAAGCAGUUGACAUGGUUGAUGAGAACACCAUUUGUGUUGCCGCAAUCCUAGGUUCAACCCUUAAUGGAGAAUUCGAGGAUGUGAAGCUUCUCAAUGACCUCUUAACUCAGAAGAACAAGGAAACUGGUUGGGACACACCAAUCCAUGUUGAUGCUGCGAGCGGUGGGUUCAUUGCACCAUUCUUGUACCCAGACCUGACAUGGGACUUCAGACUACCGCUAGUGAAGAGCAUUAAUGUCAGUGGCCACAAAUAUGGUCUUGUGUAUGCUGGCAUUGGAUGGGUCAUCUGGCGGAGCAAGGAGGACUUACCUGAAGAACUCAUCUUCCACAUCAACUACCUUGGCACCGAUCAACCUACAUUCACUCUCAACUUCUCCAAAGGCUCUAGCCAAGUCAUUGCACAGUACUACCAACUAAUUCGCUUGGGUUAUGAGGGGUACAAGAACAUAAUUGAGAACUGUCAGGAGAAUGCUUUGGUGCUGAAGAAUGGCCUUGAGAAGACUGGGCGGUUCAACAUAGUCUCCAAGGACAAUGGUGUACCCCUUGUGGCGUUCUCGCUCAAGGACCGAAGUCGACAUGAUGAGUUUGAGGUGUCAGAUUUCUUACGCAGGUAUGGGUGGAUUGUGCCGGCAUACACCAUGCCGCCUGAUGCACAGCACGUGACCGUUCUCCGUGUCGUCAUCCGGGAGGACUUCAGCCGGACAUUGGCAGAGCGUCUCGUUCACGACAUUGAGAGGGUGUUGCAUGAGCUUGAUGCACUCCCACCAAAGAACAAUGGCGAGGAGGCCAAGCAUGCCAGAGAGAUGAAGAUACAACGCUCUGUGACUGAAGCUUUGAAGAAGAUGGUCUUGGCCAGUAAGGCCAAAGGCAAGACCACUGGAGUUUGUUAAUUAGCAGCUACUGCCAAGUGACGAGUAUUUAAGGUCUCAUUAGAAAAAGAGGCUCCUUUUCUCCAGCUUUUUCUCUUGCUUGCAUCGUUUGAGAUCCUCCUCUGUUGUACUGUAAGCAACUCUCUUAAGCUUGUUCCUAUGUUGGAAUAAAAUUUGCAAGACCGACUUGGGUCAUCGUUAAA